AUGAAUGCGAUUGACGGCACAGAUCGCCGCAUCGUAGCAGAUGAAGAGACACCGCCAUCUCUUCUAGCUGUAGUUCUUGACACCAACCCGCAUGCAUGGGCGCAUCUCUCAUCAACACUGCCUCUCUCGCGCGCCAUUGCCAACCUCCUCGUCUUCAUAAACGCACACCUAGCGUCCGGAAACGCAAACGAAGUAGCAGUCAUCGCAUCACAUUUAAACAAAGCAGAAUGGCUCUACCCUACUCCCAAAAGUCGUCUGUCAAAUCGCGCUCCAAAUGGAGACAUCGAAAUGAAUGGUACACAUAGAGAAGGCGGCAGCGUACCGGACAACCCGAACAAAUACCGGCCAUUCUCUGUCAUAGAAAGCGCUAUUCUAAAGAACGUAGCAAGCUUGAUGGACCAGACAUCCGAAAAGAAUCUCAAGGCGACCCCGACGACUUUGAUAGGCGGCGCAUUAUCACUGGCCUUGUCGUACAUUGCCAAAUCCACACUACUACAUUCUCCGGUCGAGAGUAUGUCCCACGAGAAUCCGUUAGCACACCUCGCGGACGCAGAGCUACGGACACAGCGCACACCACUGGCCUCUCGAAUUCUCAUCAUCUCCGUGUCCGGCGACCUCGCGAACCAAUACAUUCCGGUUAUGAACUCAAUAUUCGCUGCACAACGGAAAAGGAUACCAAUAGACAUCUUGAAGUUGGCAGGAGAUACAGUAUUGCUUCAGCAAGCCUCAGAUGCUACAGGCGGCGUUUACAUGAAGCCCGAGCGGCCAGAAGGCAUACUGCAGUAUCUGAUGAUGGGCUUCCUCCCCGAUGCGACCGCGAGACGGAGCCUCAUCAUGCCUAGUGCCGGCGGUGUCGACUUCCGAGCUGCAUGCUUCUGCCACAGGAAGGUCGUUGACAUCGGCUAUGUCUGCAGCGUGUGCUUGAGCAUCUUCUGCGAACCCAGUCUUCCAGACAACUUGUGCAUGACAUGCGGCUCCUACCUCUCUCUCCGCAGCGCCCAGACCGCGACCCCGGCGCUCGUCCAGCGCAAGAAGAAGAAAAAGAAGAGGGCGACUGGCGCCGACUCGGCCACUCCAGGCGGUAGCACGCCAGCGGGAUCCGGGACGCCCAUGCACGCGUGA